CUGUAAAUGAAAAAUACAACCAACCUUAUAAGAUUAGGAUUUUCGGAUUAAGAAUUAAACCUCACUAACUGGACCAAUGUCCUUGCCGCCCCAAUCAUACCCUGACUCCCCGACUCACCACCUCCCACUCCUUUCUUAUUCGGCAACAAUUUAGUACUUUCGAUUUGUGCUGCUACUUCCUUGGAGCCUGGAGCCUGGAGCCUGGAGUGUUCAUUUUACGACUCAUUUCUCACUAUGAAUCCAUGAUUCUGCAUUGAUACUUGAUAUAGAGAGCAAAAGAAAAUGAAAGAUGGUUCCAAUUACAAAGAAUACUUGGCUGGUUUAAUGGCUGGUGUCUCCACCGUCAUCACUGGCCAUCCUUUCGAUACUGUUAAGGUGAAGUUGCAGAAACAUAAUACUGAAGUACAUGGUAUCAUCAAGUACAGAAAUGGAUUACAUUGUGCUGCUAGAAUAUUCGAGAAUGAAGGGGUCAGAGGGCUUUACAGAGGUGCUACCUCUUCUUUCAUUGGGAUGGGUUUUGAAAGUUCACUUCUUUUUGGCAUAUACUCGCAAACCAAACUAUCUCUCCAGGCUAAGCUGCAAAGUUCUGGUCCAGAUUCCAUGGUCAUUAUUCCAUCAGCGGCCUAUUCUGGAGCUAUAAUUAGUUUUGUAUUAUGUCCAACUGAGCUAGUGAAGUGUAGGAUGCAAGUCCAAGGAACUGAUUCUUUGAUUCCGAAGUCCGGCACUUAUAACGGUCCUGCUGAUUGUGCACUUAAGACUCUAAGAACUGAAGGGAUAACAGGAAUUUUCCGUGGAGGGAUGGCAACCUUUCUUAGAGAAUCUUUGGGGAAUGCUGUAUUCUUUAGUGUUUAUGAGAAUACCCGACAUCUGAUGCACUUACAACUCAAAGAUGCUUGUACAGAACAUAAAGGCUUGGCAGAUUUGGGGAUUGGAAUCAUCAGUGGUGGCCUUGGAGGUGUUGCUUUUUGGUCUGCUGUUUUACCGCUGGAUGUGGCAAAAACCAUGAUCCAGACUACUCCAGACCCAAACUACUCUAGAAAUCCUCUCCGAGUAUUAAACAUGGUUUACAAACAAGCUGGCUUAAGAGGGUGUUAUGCUGGUUUAGGUCCCACAAUUGUAAGGGCAUUCCCAGCUAAUGCGGCAGCAAUUGUCACCUGGGAGUUUGCCAUGAAGCUAUUAGGCAUCAGACAUGAUUAAUCGUCGUCUUAUUGACUUGUUACAGUUACGGAAAUUCAUUCGUGGCAGUUGCGGAUCAAAGCAGAGUGAUAUGAUCUGAUGGGAGCUUAAAGAUCAGAAAUUUAAUACUUCUACUUGAGAAGAAAGUCGGUAUUUUUGAUACUUGAACGCGAAUUCAAGUACCAGAACUCUGAAAGGCCUAGUAAUUAAAUUAGGCUUAUGAUUUAAUUUCUUAAAUUAGCUCAUUGAUGUUCAUUUAUUAGACUUGUAAACUUCUUUUGCUAAGGCUUUGUUGUGUUGGAUUAUUGCAAACAUUUUAUUCAAUCAUAAAAUUCUUAAUA